CGGGCUGUCUCAUCUUCAUCCUGAUGAUACUGAUCUAACAGACAGGUCACUCACAGCUGGAUUCUGGAGCUGGAUCAAACUGUGUUCUAUGUGUCUAUGUAUAUGUUAGUUCACUUUCACAGGUUGGAGUGAACUUAAGAAACAGCUGAACUUGUGUGUGCUUUAAAGGAGGUGCAAACACAGAAAUGUGUUUUGGGUUCCACCUCAGUCGACAAACAGAUCCAUGAGAGGGAGCGGGUCCUUGCCCACCAUGUUGCAGUGCCAUGGUUGCACCAGUUGCCCAGAACAGACGAACCAAACGCUGAUGAACGACUGCUCAAUUUACAGCACAAAGCUCCUCCUGGGGAAUCCUUGGGCAUUCCCAGGCCACAUGAGACAUGUAAUCCCUCCAGCAUGUUCUGGGUCUGCCCAGGACCUCCUACCAGUUGGACUUGCCCAGAACACUUCUAAUGGAAGGUGCCCAGGAGGAUCCUGAUCGGAUGCCCAAACCACCUCAACUGACCGUUUACGACGUGAAGGAGCAGCGGCUCUACUCCGAGCUCCUCACCCUAUCUCCAAGGCUGAGCCAAGCCACUCUAUGGAGGAAACUCAAUUUGGCCGAUUGUACCUACAAUCUCAUUCUUUCAGUCAUGACCCAAAGCUUAUGACCACAGGAAACGCAGACCUCUUGUCGAGUCCUGCUGUUUGUUUUCAUCAGAUUGUAAUGCUUUUAGCAGCUUCUGACUGUGUGACAGAGGGACGCUGCUGGACACGUCAGCCCUGCAAGAUAAAGGCUGCUGAAGCCUCUGUACUGUAGAUCGACUGUACGCUGAGGUGGAAACAUGCUGACUGGUUACGCUGGCUGAUGGACAUAUUUAGCUAAGCUAACCUGCACUGCUGUGAUGAUGGUGAAACUGUGAGAUAACUGUGCAUCAUUGAAGCGUGUGGAACAUCUGGACGGACAGAAGCUGAACCUGCAUCAUGAGAACAACUAGAGGAUCUUAACCACCAGCUUGAUUUCAGUGAUGAUGGACCUGAGGAACGCCCCCUCUUAAUGUCAGCAGAGACCAUCAUGGAUGAGUUAGACAUCGGAGAAGAUGGCAGGAAAGACACGUCGGCGGCCCAGCCAGGAUUCCCCCAGGCGGACUCAGCUCUGUUCUACCCCCCUCCUCGGUCCCCGGACCCGGUCAGCCCGCUCACUCACCUGGGGACUCUGCUGGCGGGACACGACGCACCGAGGACGGCCGGAUGGGACAGUAGACUGGACCUGGGGCUUCAAGGCUGUCAGUUACUGGGAACAACGAGGGAACCAGGAAAAGAAGCUCACGCAGACCAGAGUGUCACCAUCCUGCACGCCAAGGUCGCUCAGAAGUCCUACGGCAAUGAGAAAAGGUUCUUCUGCCCUCCUCCCUGUGUUUACAUCAGCGGUCACGGAUGGAGAGUCAUGCAGGACCAUCUGAAAGCUGCUGGCUAUGGAGACUCUGUGUAUCGAGUGUGUGGUUACAUGUGUCUGGACAGCUCCAGUCAGUCUCAGGCCGACACAUUCAAACUGGUCUUCGAUGAGCAGCCAAACUCCAGGAUGUUUGCCUGUGCCAAGUCGCUGUUCAUCUCUGAUCAGGACAAGAGGAAACAUUUCUGUCUGCUGCUGCGACUCUUUUUGGGCAACAGACAGGAAGUGGGUUCGUUCCAGAGCAGGAUGAUCAAAGUCAUCUCCAAGCCGUCUCAGAAGAGACAGUCCAUGAAGAACGCCGACCUGUGUAUCUCGUCAUGCUCCAGAGUAGCUUUGUUCAACCGUUUACGCUCACAGACGGUCAGCACACGUUACCUCUCAGUGGACAGAGGAGCCUUCAUCGCCAGCGCCAGACAAUGGACAGCCUUCACCAUCACCCUGGUGGAGGACCAGCGUGCUGACCAAGGGGACUUUGUGCUGAGCGAAGGCUUCAUCUGUUACGGCUAUGUGGUCCAGUUAGUGUGCACCGAGUCUGGAGUAGCUCUGCCACCCAUGGUUAUUCGUAAGGUCAACAAGCAGCACGCCAUCUUAGACGUGGAUGAGCCGGUCUCUCAGCUCCACAAGUGUGCCUUCCAGUUCAGAGACAAUCCACACACAUACUUGUGUUUAUCCAAUGACACCAUCAUACAGUACCAGGCACCGUCCAAUGUCAGAGACCCAAGCAGGGUGGUGCUGAACGACGGCUCCUGUUGGACCAUCAUCGGAGUGGAAGCAGUGGAAUUCACCUUUAAUCAGGGUCCUGCCUGCAUCCAGACACCAGUCACUCCUUUCCCUAUUAUCACUGGGUUAGAGGUGAAUGGUGGAGGACACGUCGCCAUGUUGGAGAUCAACGGAGAAAACUUCAGCCCUCAUCUCAAAGUCUGGUUUGGAAACAGUGAGGCUGAGACGAUGUUUAAGUCUCCCAAAUCUCUCCUCUGUGUCGUUCCUGAUGUCUCCGUGUUCAGUGACGGCUGGCGCUGUCUGCGCCGCAUCAUCACCGUCCCUCUGUCUCUCAUCCGAUUGGAUGGCCUGAUCUAUCGCACGUCCUUCAGUUUCACCUACACCCCUGAGCUCCAGCCACCGCCAUCCGUCCGAGGAGCAGCAGGAGGAGGGAAGAGAGAGGGAGGCGUGGACGGAGACCAGCAGGACGACAUCCUGUUAGAGACCAUCCAUCAGGAGUUCACCAGAGCCAACUUCCACCUCUUCAUGCAGAGUUAGACUCCCUGUCUGUCACCUGGAGACAGAGGUGGAGCCCUCAGGUGAAUGUUUGGAGCAAAGUCUGGUUAUCUGAAAGAAACUGAUUUUUAUCGUUGUGGAUCACUGCUGCUCCUGAGUCAAAGAACUGUGUGUAACUUCUGGACCACAAUCUUCCCUCUUUGUCUUCUUAAUAGUUCAUGUUCAUUGGAUUAAAAUAUUCUGUGGAUAUGAUGGAAAAUCAGAUUAAAAAACUAAUUGUGAAUUGUGCAGGCUGGAAAAAAUAGUUAUUUGUCCACGAUAGUAAACAAGGUGUCAAAAUUCAGUCCAGAUCACACCAGUUCCUGGUGAAGGUACAGAAUCAGGCUGCACUGUUUGUACAUUUUCCUACAAAAAGUAAUGUACCCAAAUUUGUGCAUAAACCACAUAGUUUGGAAGGCUGUGUUCACUAAGAAAUGCGCUGACAGGAGUAAACAAGAAAGUGGUCCUGAGCAGUCCAUAAGGAGGCAGGUUGUGGUGGUGGAAUUGUCACAAAACACAGGACGUCCCCAGGGACUCUCCCCAGGAGACCGAUGCUUGGAAAGAUGUGAGCUUUGUGUCAUUUUAAGGUACGUAGUCCCCAUGUUUCUUUUCCUAAACCAAACCCCAGCUUUACAUUAGUUAUGUAACUUAUAGUUAAGGAUGUAACGUCAUUCAUGGGGCGCCAGUUUGUAGGAUAUCACAUGAACCGUUUUAUGUGGAUGCGUUGACAGAAUAGCUGACAGCAAGAAAUAGGCAACAGCACAGACGAUUCAGUCAAACAAGAGCAACGUGUUUUGUUUAUCACAAAAGAGAGAGGAGCAUCUCUCUCUCUCUCUCUCUCUCUCUCUCUCUCUCUCUCUCUCUGCAGUGAGGAAGCACAGUCUGUAGUUCGAGCAACAGCAGCGAAAAUCCGCUGAAUGACAUAAAAUGCUUUUUGCUGGCAAAUGAGCAGGGAGAUCUGAGUGCUGGCAAGAUGGAGGGAAGUCUACCACAGUUUAUUUACACACACUAUCCACGUUGUUAUGAUACAAAGCUUGCUUUUACUUAUAGUGUUUACAGUGUGCUAUCAGUAGUUUUACUUUAGUGACGUGAAAUGAAGGAUCUGAAUACUUCUUCCACCACUGAUCUGUUGUCAUCCAUAAGAACUUGUGUGUAAACCCAGUCCACACUACAGUUCAGAAGUACAAAUUUGCCUCUGUGAAUAUUAACGCUGUAACAAAAAGGCCUGAGUAACACUGCCCUGAUACAGAGACGUUUAUACGAUGUGUUCAGAGGUUAUAAAAGAGCCCAGAGUGGGAAAAAAUGAACUGUGAGUGCCUGAAAGAUUUAAACAGAGACCUAUAGAGAGUUACAGUGUGAUGGACAGACUGACUGCCGCGAGCAGGGGGAAGUUUUUUCCGGAGAUUGAACACGCGAGCUGAAGGUCGAGGGUUGUGAGAGAAAGCAGCCGUGAAACUCUGUCUGCUUCCCAUCUGAUCCUCUGAGAAGCUUUCAACUCAGUAUUCUGUGUUAAAGAUGGAAGUUAAAGUGUAAUCUGAGUGUGUGUGUGUGGAUGUGGGGGUGUGUGAAUGGCACUUUGUUGUUAAACUGUAAUAAUUCACUUGGGUUGAGCAGUGAAACAGCAGCACGAGUUUCUCCCAGAUGAUUUUUCUGAAUGUUUUCAAUCACUGAAACAUCAAAACUUUGGUGAGUGACAGAAGGGGCUCAGGACAUUUACAGUUCAGUUUAGUUUAGGCAAAAUGUUUUUACAAAAAUUAACAAAAACUAGUGCCAUUGAGAAAACACAGUACACCUUUCAAGAAAUAGAA